UCUCUUUCUUGGACCAUCGGCAGACAGCUAUUAAACAUUAUCAUCUGAAAAUAAAGUUCAUUCGGAGUACUAUUCCUGCACCACCGGAGCGAUCGGGAGUCGAGAGCUUUUACCGAACGAUCGGAGAUGAAGUUACUUGGUUGGAUGCACCGCAAGUUACGGCACAAUGGCCAUGAGCCACUCAAGGAUUUUGGCGCCACCCUAGGACAGCCAUCUCUAGAUGAUCAGAAGAUCUCUCAGAGGCGAAGCUGUGGCGCCGAGCACCUCAAACAGUCUCAGCGCGAACUCCUUCGAAAGUCCUUUGCCGACCUGGAAUCGGCCAUUUCGCAGGAUGAAGAACACUACAAAGAAGAGCAAUCAGCUGCUGAGAUAACCGACCUUUUCCACGGUUUCCUAGCGAUCGGUACCCUUGGUUCCGAGCCCGCUUUCAUCCCUGAACCCUCAACUCCGGCUUUCUCCUACUCUCUCGAGAACAUAACUGAGAAAGAAACUGAGGUGACCGAGAACGAUCUGAAGCUGAUCAAUGAAGAGCUGGAGAAGGUGCUCGCCGCUGAGGCGAACAAGGAUGAGUGGGGCAACCAGUCAUCCGGGAGGAACAGCCACGUCAGCAUGGGGAGGAGCAGCCACGGGAGCACCAUCACGCUCGGCGGGAAGGCCGAAGCACAAGAGACCAAUUCUAGCAAUGGGAGUGCCGUGUGCCCGCUUCAGGGCUACUUGUUCGGCUCGGCGGUGGAAGUGAUGGAAGCGCCUAAAGCGGAUAAGAAGGAGCACAGGACAUCGCUCGGAGAGCUGUUCCAGAAGACCAAGAUGACCGAUGAGGACUACGGGUACGGCAAAAAGGAUUGGGACGGUUCCAUGGUGCAUUUCGUGAAGAAAAAGCUGAAAAAGAAGGCCCAUCAAGCUAAUCCUGCAGCCCGGAGCACGGCUUUCGAUGCAGGGACAAGUUCCGAUUCCGGUUCGGCAGAGACUAAGCUACAUAAGAUCCUGCACAUGUUCCACAAGAAAGUCCACCCUGAAAACUCGGCCGCGGCUAAGAAGUCCGGCAAGCAGCAGAAGAUAGAAGUGAAGAAGAAAGCAGCAAAGAGAAACGGGCACGACAUUGGCGACCAUGUCCUUCCUGAAGAGGACAUCGUGAUGGUUCCCGAUAAGAUCCUCCUGAAGGAAAAGAUCCGGCGCCUCAAGAGCCAGUCGAAUCGCGCCCGGAUUGUGCUCGCUGGGGACGAAUCCAACGGGAACAGGGAGUGUUGGAUCAAGACCGAUGCGGACUAUCUGGUGCUGGAGCUCUGAAAGCAGACAGAAGGCCAUCGGGAUGAGACGACCCGAUCCGAGGGCGGAGACGUCGCCGACACGUUGCCCGUUUCCGAGCUUGUAGCGUCUUUUUUAUGCACUUACUAUUGUGGAUAGUGUGCGAGCGAUAUACGAAGAGCUCUUGAGUUAGAACUGUCAAAAAUAAAGAAAGAGGGGUUCAACCCCUCUCGAAACCUGCUUCUUAUUUCUAUGCACUUACUGUAUAGAAUGCAAAAUGACGAUCGUUUUGUGUGGGUGU